CUAUAUAUAUUUCUUAAAUAGGUUAAAGUCAUAGAGAUUUUUUUUUUGGAAUAGCACUUCGCCCUGGAGCGGUGCGCUAUGCUAUCUCAUGCCGACCUGCUGGAUGCUCGCCUCGGUGAGUUAUCAUCACCAAACUCCGGUCUUCAACUCUACUGGAUGAAGGAUGCCGCCGCGGAGCUCCUGGGCCACAGGGAGGCUCUGAAGUGCAGGCUCGGCGGAGGGGGACCUGACCCGGGACACUCCGGGGAGCUGGGCCCGGGCCCGGACGGCGUGGAAGGGGCCACGAUGCUCCCGGGCGACGAGAUCAGCAGCGGCGGAGGAUCCAACCCGGUUCAGGUCAGCAGCAAGGAGCAGGACAAGCAGCAGCAGAACAACAACAACCCCAACCAGUCCGCAGGGAGCCAGCAGAGCCAGAGCCAGAAACAGAAGCGGCACCGGACCCGCUUCACCCCGGCGCAGCUCAACGAGCUGGAGCGGAGCUUCGCCAAGACGCACUACCCAGAUAUCUUCAUGCGGGAGGAGCUGGCGCUGAGGAUCGGCCUCACAGAGUCCAGAGUCCAGGUCUGGUUUCAGAACCGGCGCGCCAAGUGGAAGAAGCGCAAGAAGACCACCAACGUGUUCCGGGCUCCGGGGACCCUCCUGCCGACGCACCACGGCCUGUCCCAGUUCCCGUCCGCCGCGGCAGCAGCAGCGGCCAUGGGGGACAGUUUGUGCUCCUUCCACGCCAACGACACCCGCUGGGCCACGGCGGGGAUGCCCGGCGUGUCCCAGCUGCAGCUCCCGCCGUCCCUGGGCCGCCAGCAGGCCAUGGCGCAGUCCCUGUCUCAGUGCAGCCUCGGCGCCGGCCCGCCGCCCAACUCCAUGGGCCUGUCCAACAUGUCCAACGGCUCCGGGCUGCAGUCGCACCUCUACCAGCCCACCUUCCCCGGGAUGGUCCCCGCGUCCCUGUCCGGCCCCACCAACGUGACGCACUCGCCUCAGCUGUGUAGCUCCCCGGACAGUGAGGUCUGGAGAGGGACAAGCAUCGCGUCGCUGCGCCGCAAAGCGCUGGAGCACACAGUAUCCAUGAGCUUCACCUAGAAGAGCUUUUCCUUUCAGAGAUCUUCUUCAUUCUCUUCUUAUCAUCAGCUCAUCCACCGGGAGAAUACAACCAGGAUAUUGUUCAGAAGAAACCGCACCUGGCGGCUUUUUUCCAAGAGGGAAGCUAUUUAUCGGGCCUCGUGGCCUUUAUCCCGCAUAGGACUCGUUCUGUUUCAAGCUAUAAUUUAUGAUUUCGCAUGUAGCCUCUGGCAACUAUUUAUUUGUCUAUUUAAAUUAACUUAUUUGUAUUUAUUUAUUGAUUUGGCACAUGCAGCCCUCUGCGGGCCUUUCAGUGACAUUUGCUUGGUGACUGACGGUUUUUUGAAGAUUCUGUGGAUACUUUGAGAUACAGAAACACACUAGGUGACAGAUGUGUUUCCACCUGCUACACAGCAUGCAACUAACUCUCUGAGGGCCGAAGGAAGCACAGUGGACGAGCAGACACAAGACACCUGGAGGUUUAAACAGAAGACAGGAGGAAUCAGGACAUGAUGAAGAGGACUUGACUGCAUGUGCUGUCCAAGGCAAAAAAAUAAAAAGAAGUAAAUAAGGGAAAUACUAUAAAUGAAGACAUGGAAACUGACUUAACUAUAAUCUGUUCUAUAGGAUGUUUUGUGUAGCGGAAGCACUCUUGUUCCCAUUUUGGUCAGUUUGUGAUAAUAACUUAUGUUUCCAAAAGAUUCUGUCUGUGCUUAUUAUCAAAUUAAGACUUUCUUAAAUGUUUGAACCAUUUUGUUUCAUGGACAUGUUUAUAUCAAUUCAAUGUAAAUGAUCAAAUAAAAAUCAUUUUCAAUUAUGUCA